UACAGAGUACGUAAGGAAUGCGUGUUACGCACAUUUUUCAUACGUACGAACGCCAGUAAGUUACGAUAUACGAUAUGAUUGGAAUAAGUGAUUGAAAGUUAGUAUAAUAGUGAUAUUAGUGCAGUACGUAGGGAAUUUAUUGGCGAUAAAAUUGAAGAAUAAUAAAAUAAUAAAAUUUAAAUAUGGUCGAAAAUAAAAAUAAAAUAAAUAUAUUUCGACCAUAUUUACAAGACGAUGUGGGACGUAGAAUUUACAAUAUGUUCUUGUAUCUUGUUUCGUCCCUUAUCACACGACAAAUAACAAGCAAAAAUCAAUGACGUAUUUCGAGUGUCAAAAAUGCUGUCAUUGCAGCUUUAUCGGCGUAGCUGUUGUCUUUCGCAUUUUUUAUCGUGUAUCCAUACGAUUUUGAUUCUGAUUCUGCAAUCAUCUUCUGUAUCUGCCAGGUAUAUUAGCGGUAAAUUCGACAAUACAUUCGACGGCCAGUUCCCAUAGAUUUCACGAUAAUAACAGUGCCAUUUAUCGGAAUGCAACGUCUACGAUAUGUCGACAUCGAUUUGACCCAGUUUCGUGUUUAACGGUGAUCGAGCUAUUAACGUACAAUGUCCGUUACUGCGACUUCUACGGGUUUUCAUGACCGUGGACGUGGAGCUCCAUAAGAUAAUAGCCACUUCGUAGCGCAGGUGUAAUUGCAAGGAAGCUCGUGGGAUGGAAUGCAAGAGCUUCAAUCGAGCAUUUUUCAGAGUACCGCGACGUUUGUUUAAAAAUUUCUCCGUGUCCCCUUCGAUGAAGGAUCGCGUAGGAUCUUUCUCGAGUUACCCCAUCCACAUAAAAGUACGCGCACAUCGCCGGCAGUACUUGAAUUUCAAAAAAUACCACAGCAACAAUUACAAGUUCGAGAUCGACGGAGUCGACGGGGUCUCCAGGAAACGUAUAUUAUUAAUAAGGCGCGAAGAGUUCAAUGGGAAUAAUAAAUCAACGAAGACGACUUCUAAGGACGUGAGCUAAUUUCAAAUAGUAAUGCGGAAGUCACCCGCUUGAUUCUGCGUGCAGGAGAAGAAGCAUGACGACGAGAACAUAAAACAGAGAGAAAGCAUGGACUUUAAAAACGUAAAUCCACUAAACGUCCGGCUGAACGCGAUCUCGGGCAAUAUAUUGCCGAUGGCCGUCGGCAACGAGUUGUUCCCGGCGACCUGGAGGAUGUACGGUGCACUCGUGUGGUUACUUCAACUGGUCCAGUUGGCUGCUCUGUUCCUCGGGAUGAUGCACGUGCCGGCGGAGAAGGCUCUGAUAGACAGCACCACCACUAUCGCGGUCUCCGCCGAGCUAUUCUUCAUUAUUGCGCGGAUUCACAUGUACAGACACCUAGUGGUGCGACUGAUCGAUAAACUAAAUGACAUAUUGGGCGCCGACGAUGACAUCAUGAAGAACAUCGUCCAGGGUACCCUGAGACCUACAAGCCGGCCGCUCAAGUUCUACUGGGCGACCGCCGUGUUCGCGAUAGUCUUUUGGAACGGUACAGCGAUCGCGGUGGUCUUCAAGAAAAAUGUCUUUACCUACGAGGACUACAGCAUGCCGGUCGCCUUCUCAAGACAACCAUUCUCCACCAGCACGUUCCUCAUGGGAAGCCUUGUGGUGCUCAUCGGCACUGUUUACAAUUGCACGAAGAAAGUAAGCGUGGACGUGUACAUGAUACACCUGGUGUUGCUGAUGACGGCGCAGUAUCGAUACAUCGCGAUCAAGCUCGCCGAGAUUUUCCGCGGGGGAAAUCUUGAACGAGACGACGAAUUUUGUUGCAAGAUGAAUCAUUGGGCGAGAAGGGAGAUGAGGAUGCUGUGUAGACGUCACAACGCCGUCGUUCAAAUGAUGUUUAUGUUGAAGAAAUUGCUAUCGUUGAUCUUCAGUCUAAUUUAUGUGAACAGCGUUUUUCGAUUUUGCUUUAUCGCCGUUAUGUUCAGCACAAUACCAUCGCAGACUGUUUUAAUAGGAUUUUUGAUCCUCGUGUAUACAUCCGGCGCAAUGGUGCAGCUCUACACGCUGUGUUCGCGUGUACAGCAACUAUUAGACGCUAGUACAACACUGACGGAUGAAGCAUUUCACGAGGAUUGGUACCGUUUUGGCCCGUCAAUAAAACGUUCGUUCAUGUUCUUGAUAAUGGCGAAUAAUAUGGAAUGCAAACUAGCGACGUUCGGCAAGUUCAAUCUAUCUUUACCUUCGCUAAUGACGGUAAGAUGAUUUUACAUGUAUCCCUUUAUCAUAUAUCGCUUAUACGUUAUAACGAUAUAAUUACAUAUUCGCACUCUCUUAUCUCCGAAUUAUAUCAACGUUCUUUUUAGAUAUUAAAUCAAUCGUAUUCCGUCGCUCUGUUGUUUUUGAAAGUUCUGUAAAAAUU